ACCGGCCCGGAAGGAAGUGGCGGGCUGAGCGGUGUGGCGGUUUCUGCGGUUGUGAAGGGGUUCGGACGGGUACGGAGCGCCGGGAGGGACACCCGCUCCCGAGCGGGACCGGGCAGAGGCGCUUGGAGCCAGGGCCCCCUACCCAGAGCACUGGGGAUGCGCGACCUUCUCUCUAGGAAGGGGCGCGAGGUGGGGCGGGGGUGACAUCCGAAGGGAAGGGCAUUUGCAGAAAGGACGUUGCUGCACAUCCGUAGCUGGAGGCCGCCAAGGAUAAAGGUUCACGGAUGGCUCAGUUGGGAGCAGUUGUGGCUGUGGCUACCAGUUUCUUUUGUGCAGCUCUCUUCUCAGCCGUGCACAAGAUAGAAGAGGGACAUAUUGGGGUGUAUUACAGAGGCGGUGCCCUGCUGACUUCCACCAGCGGCCCUGGUUUCCAUCUCAUGCUCCCUUUCAUCACAUCAUAUAAGUCUGUGCAGACCACACUGCAGACAGAUGAGGUGAAGAAUGUACCUUGUGGGACUAGUGGUGGUGUGAUGAUCUACUUUGACAGAAUUGAAGUGGUGAACUUCCUGGUCCCAAGUGCAGUAUAUGAUAUAGUGAAGAACUAUACUGCCGACUACGACAAGGCCCUCAUCUUCAACAAGAUCCACCAUGAACUGAACCAGUUCUGCAGUGUGCAUACACUUCAGGAGGUCUACAUUGAGCUCUUUGAUCAAAUUGAUGAAAAUCUCAAACUGGCUUUGCAACAGGACCUGACCUCCAUGGCCCCUGGGCUUGUCAUCCAAGCUGUGCGGGUGACAAAGCCCAAUAUACCUGAGGCGAUCCGCAGAAACUACGAGUUGAUGGAAAGUGAGAAGACAAAGCUUCUCAUUGCAGCCCAGAAACAGAAGGUGGUGGAAAAAGAAGCUGAGACAGAGCGGAAGAAGGCCCUCAUUGAGGCAGAAAAGGUGGCUCAGGUUGCAGAAAUCACCUAUGGACAGAAGGUGAUGGAGAAGGAAACUGAGAAGAAGAUUUCAGAAAUUGAAGACGCUGCGUUUCUGGCUCGGGAGAAGGCGAAGGCUGAUGCCGAGUGCUAUACUGCUAUGAAAAUGGCCGAAGCGAAUAAGCUGAAGCUGACCCCUGAAUAUCUGCAGCUGAUGAAGUACAAGGCCAUUGCUUCCAACAGCAAGAUUUACUUUGGCAAAGACAUCCCUAACAUGUUCGUGGACUCUGCAGGUAGUCUGGGCAAGCAGUUUGAGAGCCUCGCUGACAAGCUGAGUUUUGGCUUAGAAGAUGAACCCUUGGAGGCAGACCCGGAGGAGAAUUGAAAAAAAAAUUUUAUAUAAACUCAGAUGACACUUAAAGAGAUCUUUAUUUUUUAAUGAUGAACCAGGAUGCCCCUCCCUCUCACACUACCUUCUCUGACUGUCUUCCAAGUACUGUGGUGAGAAACAAAGAAAUGGACUGAAAUCUAUCCCCAUGGGAAGGAAGGGCAGGGAUUGAUGAUUUUGGGAUUUUAUUCAACUAAAUAGGUUAUAUGACUUCUGUUAAGAUUUGUAAUCCACGGGUUUGAACUUUGACCUCCAGGCACUAAUUAUAGUCCUUUGAAGCUGGCUUAAUUAAGGAUGCUAUCAUUAAGGAGUGAGAGAAAUAGAAGGUGUUGCCUGUAGGUGAUUUGAUUUCCCUUUUUUGGGAAUACACAGUCCAGAUUCCUCCCCGCUGCCUCCAAGGUGGGAGAUGCCUCUAGGUGAGGCUCACACUGAGCAAAUAUGUGCUUGUAAGUUUGCCAGGAGAGCCUUGGGGAAGCAUCUGCAAGUGUUUGGCUUUCCUGGUGUUUUUGUCAGUGCAUAUGUGAGUUAUUUCAGAGGUAUGCUUCUUGAGCCCCCAUAAGGAAGAACCGGUGCUAGAUUUUGCUAGCUUUUCUCUACACACUACCCUCCUUGCCCUCGGGCUUAAAGUGGUGGUUUUGGACUACAUUGCCAGUCAGGGUUUGGUCAUCACCACACAAUUCUUUUUAAAACUUUUAACCUAUUCUGUGAUUUGUGUUUUUUCCCCUCUCAGUCUGUUCAUUGGUUCCAGUCAACAUCAAGAAGACAGGAACAAACAACUCAAGUAUCUUAAUAGCUGCUAAAGUGGGAUCAUUAUGUCUGUUAGCCACUAUCAUACUUGUUUGGCAAACUUUGUAUGUUCCUUGAAAUCAAAUAUCUCUCUUUUUUUUUUUUUU